UGCCUACUGCUGUUGAGCGUACAAAAGCAAACUGUAGCAAAAUACGACGGGUUUUCGUAUUAUAUCGUAUAUUGCUACUCGCGUGUAGCCGAGCAGUCAAGCACCUUUCAAAAUAAGGGAAACCACGUCACUCGGAUGCGGAUAGCGGCGCUAACAACAACCCAUCCCGAGAUACGUAUUUCACCCCAAGUCGGAAGAAUAACGAAACUCAAAAGAAAAAAGAACAACUAAAAAUUGAAAAAAAAGAGUAGUAAAUUUCUAAAGAAAAACGUGCAAUAUUUAACUGUAAUUUAAACAAAAUGGCGAUCGAUAGAGCAUUUUUAAAUGUGAUAACACUAAGUUUUGGCUUCAUGCUUGUGUUCACCGCUUUCCAAACCAUGGGCAAUAUCGAGGUUACGAUAUUGCAGAGCAUCACGGAGGACGAUCCGAGUUUUGUGGGUACCGGGUUCACGAGUCUGGCAAUAGUAUAUUCAGCGUUGGCGUUGUGCAAUUGGCUAGCGCCAUCGUUUAUAUCGAUGAGCGGUCCUCGGGUAGCGAUAUUCACGGGUUGUUGUUGUUACGUAUUUUUCAUAGGAAGCUUUUUGGUGCCGACGACGGAACUGUUGUACACCGCGUCGGCGAUACUUGGCUUCGGUGCGGCGUUAAUAUGGACGGGUCACGGUCAAUAUUUAACGGAAAACAGUAACAGCCACACCAUGUCGCGAAACGCGAGUUUGUUUUGGGCGAUAUUCCAAUCGUCUUUUUUCACGGGAAAUCUCUUUGUUUACUUCAUGUUCACCGAAUCGAAAAUAGAGGCGGGCACGAGAAAAUUAGUAUUUUGGGUGUUGAGCGGGUUGGCAUUGGGCGGAACUAUUAUACUCGGAACGUUGCGCGCGCCGCCACCGAGGUUGUCGAUCGGUGAGGCAGAGGGCGUUUCGAGCGCGGACAAAGAAUUGGCCAUACCGGAGCCUCGUAGAGAACGAAGUUGUCGCGCUGCGUGGCACGCUCUUCGCGACGCUUUCAAGCUCUUCUUGACUCCGCAAAUGUUGUUAUUGUCGUUGACUUUUGUAUACACGGGAUUGGCGUUAACCUUCUUUUCUGGCGUGUACUCGUCGAGCGUUGGCUUUACAGUAGCGAUGGGGGACAAUCGCAAGAGCCUCGUCGGACUUUCGGGCAUUUGUAUCGGAGUCGGGGAGGUCGUCGGCGGCACUCUUUUCGGUGUUUUGGCCUCCCGUGCAGGCGGUUGUUCCGGUUGGCCUGUCAUCGGAAUUGGAUUUAUAAUCAGUUUGUUUGCUUAUAUAACGACCUUCUUGAAUCUGCCGAACGUCGUACCGAUCAAAGAAACGUCACAAAUUGGUUAUAUCGAUCCGUCACCCGUUCUAGCGAUGAUCGGUAGCAUAACCCUCGGUUUUGGCGACGCUUCUUUCAACACUCAAAUUUACUCGUUACUCGGUCUUCUCUAUCCCAAAGAGAGCGCUCCUGCCUUCGCUCUCUUCAAAUUUUGCCAAUCGGUCGCGGCCGCGCUCAGCUUCGUUUACAGCGGUUAUCUUCCUCUUCAUGGACAAUUGUCUAUACUCUUUGUCACUCUUGUCCUCGGCACCGGGGCCUUUUUUUUCGUCGAACGCGCUCACAAGAGGUCCAAAAAUAUCAAUCAUAACCAAGAUAUUGAUCCUACGAUCACCGAUAGCGUCAGCAUUGAGGAUUAACCUUAAAAUCCCCUUGUAAACGUCCAAGAAACGUGAAAAAAUCCAAAAAAUUUCACGUGUCUCUCUUGGACUCUUGAUCACUCUACACGAUUCAAUUGUUUCUUGUUGUGACAAUAAAUAAUUGCGUACACUGGCUAUAGUGGCAAGAGUCCGUUUAUCGACCGCGCGUAACGAAUUUCGGUUGCUGCGUAAAUCAAAUUUUCAAGCAGUUUUGCCCUAUUAUGAAAAAUCUAACGCUUCCAUCCUUUCUAUUUAAUUGAAAAUUUGCUCGAAGAUAUGGAGCUGCGGAUUUAAUAAAUAUAUACGGGGGACACGAGUCGCUGAAAUGCCAAAUAAAUUCCAGCCCCCCGAUCAUUAGAUAUAAAUUCGCCAAAACUUGGUGAAAUCAUGAAACAAAAAAAUCGCAAUAAAUAUUAUAGGCGGUCGCUCUAAAUCCACAGCUAAAAAUCCAUAAAUUGGAUUCUAUAAGGUUGGCUUCCUAGUCGCAGUAUUUUCCGUAGACAAAAAAAAACAUGUGGGAUUGACCGAAAGGAAGAAAGUGCGUGUGCGUGUGCGUGUGCGUGUGUGAACGGCGGGGGGGGGGGGGGGAGAAGAGAGUGGACUUUCCGGGAGAUAAAUAUGCGAGAAUGGAUUAAAAAUACUAUAGUGAAAGUAUCCAAACUGCUAUUUUACCUUAUGAAAUGUUGUUUAUUUGUUCGAUUAAAAAUACAUUUCAAUACGUAUAUGUAUAUAUAUGAACCCGUAUAUUUUUACAUUUCUACAAAUCUCGCAGAAAAAAAACUUAAAAAAAAAAUUGACACACUGCAUGAGAGGAUACGAAAAUGGAUACACGUCGAGAACGUUCCAAAACCUAUUAUUCUUAUUGAUUUAUCUCUGUAAAUGAGGAAAUUAUAGCAACGAUAUAUCGAUUUAUAAUUUAUUAUCUAAGCAUGUCAAGUGCGAUGAGUUUUCUCGAUAUUGGACACCUAACAAGAAAUCCAAUUCGACGAGAAUGAGAGGAUUGUUAUACGGACUGAUAGCGAUAACGAAUGCCAACAUCUAUUGUUAAUUAUUAUGUACAUAUAUACGUGUAUGUAAGCUUUCAUUAAUUUAGCUGUAUAUAUUCGAGUUGACGUGAUCUGAUAUUUCUUUGACCUUUCGAGAUUUAGAGGUUUUCACUUCUGCGUCGAUGAUCCAUCAAACAAAAGAUGGAAAAAAAAAAAACAAUUAUAGGUAAUUCAAUUUUGAAUGGAAGAAAAAUAAAUGAAAGGAUUUGGCCUUGACCUAACUUUAAUCUGUAGUAUUACAUACGUCGUUCUUAUAAACUUUCAAAUCCAUGUAUGAAAUGAUGGAUCUAAUGUAGACAGGAACGAACUACGGGACGCCGCCAACGGCAAACAAUGAAAUCGUGCUUAUUUGAGGUUAUGUUACUAAAUUGCUUUGCGUUCCUCCAAAUGCGAGUGCUAAAUUCUUACAUUUAUCGAAGCCAAUUAAAAAAAAAUUAAAUUCUUUUUGGAGAAUAUUGAACAGUUUGUGAAUCCAUGAUUUUCAAUUUCUAUGAUUUUUGCGAGUGUAUCGUUAUUAAUAUUCGUCAGAUUAGAAAAAAGUACUUUUAUACAAAUCAAUACAAACAAUUUAUAAAAUCAGUGCAUCGAACUUUACAUUGAUGUACCUUAUUAUAUAUAAUAUAGUUGACCGCUCGUUUCUGACUGCGGUGUCGAGUAUCCGUGCGUGCAUAUUACCUAUAAACGAACGUUCGCACUCGUGUCGAGUAAUGAUAACAAAUGGUUAAUACACGUUAUAUAAUAAAUACUACUAUAUAUUUGCUCAACGAAGACAAAGAAAAUCAACGAUCGGCAUCGGGACAGAGAAAAAAAUCAGAUCUGUAGCCCGUUGUUCAUGUACGUAUACCUACAAUAAUAUCAAUAUACACAUUCCAUGAGCUGCUGUUGAAAGCUUUCGAUAUUUUAACGUUGAUCGUUUUCUCGUUGAAACUUUGUAAUAAAUAUAUAUUUUUUUCACGUUGGAUGAAUAACUUACGUAUUUUUAACUUGAAUUAGGUGAAAUUGUGCAAUAUAAAUACAAUAAUAUUGGUUAUAAUAUAUUUGUAACGGCGAUUGUGGUAUAUUUAUAACCAAAAAUACUCUGUACGAAUAAAGCGACAAUUUAUAUUACUUCAAUACGUAAAAAUUGGCCCGAAAAUGAGAAGAGAGAAAAACAGCGAAAGUGAGGUCUGUUAUUGGACAUAUUUGACCUUCAACUUUCUUCAGUGUUUUGACAUUGCUGCUUCGAUGCUCGGAGCCUGUGAGCCGGAAUAUUCGUUUGUUAUUGAAAAACUUCGUCAUACGGAAUUAAGCUCGGAUUUUUAACACUUUUCGUUUGAUCCCGAAAGGCUCGUGCAUAUGGUGAGGCAAAAAGUAAGGAAACGGGCGGGCUCGGAUAAAGGUCAAUCAAAAGUAGAGAGUACAAUUUUCCGUUUGUCUGCGGAUAAUGCAACCGAUGGUGAAACAUAAUAACGUCGAGCCAUAUUUUAUGAUGCUUUGAAAAUGCAAUAAUAAAGGAUUGAUCGAGAAAAACAGAA